GCAGAAUCGAGUAAUGACGAUCGACAUAAAUUUAGGAUUCUGCAAACCGCGAAACUGCGAUGACAUCAAAUGACACUGCGUAAUACUGCAUAGUUGGAACACACGCAGCAUGGAAAAAGCAGCGGGUGAACAUGGGGAGCAGGAAAUUAAUUCACUUGGAGUGUACGAGGGUGAAAGAAACGAGGCUGGUGAGAGGCACGGCAGCGGAAAGACUUUACUGCCGAAUGGCGACAUGUACGUUGGCGAAUAUCGCGACGGUUUCAGGCACGGGAGAGGUGUGUACGUUUUCAAGAAUGGCGCCCGAUACAACGGCGAGUGGAGGCGCGGGCGCAAAUACGGCCAAGGGACUUUUUGGUACCCUGAUGGAACGCGAUACAAAGGAGAAUGGAAACGCGACGCCAGACACGGCUUCGGCGCUUAUUAUUAUACGAACAAUGACAUUUACGAAGGCUUGUGGAAGAAGGAUCUGCGCCACGGUAUGGGAACGUAUCUGUACGCCGACACGGGAACGAAAUAUAUGGGCACGUGGAUGGAAGACUGCAUGGAGGGACCUGGACAGCUUAUUCAUGCGCGUCAUCGCUUUCACGGCCUCUGGAAGCACAACUUGCCAUAUGGACGCGGUUGCUUUACCUUCGAGAAUGUGUGUAUGCAGCACGGGCAUUAUAUACACGUGAGAGGUCCCGCGGACGGUGACCCGGCUUGGAUCCAUGCGGAUGAAGACAUCGUGGAGGAAAGCGAUAAGGAAAAGCUAGCGAAAGGAGACUUUUCCCCGAGGAUGGGCAUUCUGCCGAUCUGGCGAGCGCGUUGCAUCACACCGUACAAUCCAGAGUUGCUGCCACCAGAAGCGAUGCCUUUGCGAGAGGAAGCGUCGACGGAAUCCACAAUUGACAGGAGCGAGGACACCUGGCCGAGGACCGAGCGAUACGCCGAUUAUCCGGAGGCGGAAAAUCAUCGAGAGGACUUUAAUUACGAUCAAGGGGCAGCGUCGCCGCAAAUCGAUAGCCCGUAAGUGCAGUUAAAAAAAAAUGUUGUUAACUCCAAGCUGUUCAAUCGGGUGUCUUAAUUAAUCGACUGGCGGGCACGUGACUGCUCCGUGAUUGAAAUAAAGAGAGACUGCGUGCUUUUAAGCGCUUUAUUUAGGAAAUUACAAUAACAAAGUGCGUGUCUGCAAAACGUAGGAAUGCGAUUACAACGUCAGGAAUUAAUUUCAUUACGCUGUUAUGAGUACAGUGAAUCCAAAUAGUAGAUACACGUGUUUGCCCGAUCGAUAAUUUUACAUUGAUAAUUAUAUUACUGCGUGUUAUUUACAAUCCGUCCCCAGCUGCCGAGCGCGACAUUAAUGGGACGGCGAUCAAAUUAAUUUGAAAUAAAUGUUUACGCGGAAACGAAAA